AAUGAAAAGCAUUGUAUGGUUGGGGAACAAAAAAAUAAAGGAACGGAACAUCUCCGAAGCAAUGUCGGUAUUGAGUAUUCGGCGUCAAAAUCGUUUCGCGCAUUGGAUCCAUCUGACAUAGCACAUUUACAACGUGUUUAUCCAGAAAUUGUUGAUGAAUUGAAAGAUUCCUUCACUCGUCUUAAAGCGUCAGAUGUCGACUGGCGUUGUGUCAAAAGCGAAGAGCGUCGUUUAUUAAGUUGUUUAUCUUCAUUUAUUCCUUUGGUUUCUGUGCGUAACCCCAUUUUCUUGCUGCGUGGAUUAAAUCCAAGUUUAUUUUCUUUGUUGUUUGAAAUACUUCCAAUUGACGAUUUGUGGAUAGUCAAUAAUUCGGCCAACACUCAUUUUGCUUUGUUACGUCUCACGUUUACUUAUGCACAAACACAUGAUCAAUUUCUUUCGAGUAGUGAACUUUUACAAAAUGGGCAUUCUAUUGGAGAUAAUUCUACCCAAAUGGGUGUUGUUUCUUCUCCUUCAAAAUCAUCUUCCUCGUCUACUGACCAAUUAACAAAUAAAUAUUUUGGUCAAAUUUUAGUCAAGAUUUCUUCUCUUUUGAAUCUUUUUGAAUUGUUGGAUGCCCGAACACAAUCUUUGGUUAUUAGUUGGCUUUUGAAAUUAACUUCUGGAAUUUCUGAUCAAUUUAGAGCUGUGAAAGAGGUUUUUUUUAAUUUUUAA